AUGCAAUCCCCACCGCCAUCUGUCUCCCUCGCACAGGUAACAGGCCUAGCAUCCCUCUCGGUCCUGUCGGUCGGUCCAGUCGACUCGGUCCAGUCGGCCGGUCCCCGUCCCGCCGGACGAGGCGUGACCAUGGAUCUCGGCCUUCGCAUUCUCGUUUUCGUCUUAAUCGGUCUACUGAGUCCAAGCAAAUCUGCAACGGAAAAUUCGCCGACCGUGCAGCUGACGCUGGACGGCCAGCCGGAUGGUUGCCCGCUCGUCCAGCCGACCGGCCUUGUCUUCAAGGCCAUCGUCUCGGUCGACUCCCGCUCCGAUUUGAAGCUGAAGGUGUCGUGUAUCGUGCCCGGGGACGACUUUGGGCCUCUGCAUUUUCACGACAUCAAGGUGCCAGGAUGCCCGACCAACAACAUCGUAGAGAAACCCAAUCCCAAGGCGCCGAAUGUGACGGACUCGUUCGAGGUGGAGCUGUGUUCUACCCCGGGGACGGCCACGAUCGAGUUCAAGGCUGAUCUGGUUCAUACCAUUUUUGUCGGGAAGCAGAAAGUGAAGCUGGGUACAGCCGUGGGGACAACCAACGAAUGGAAGGAAAUCUGCUUCGACGUGGACUUACCGCUGAUGAAUACGACGGGCCUCUCAUCGACAAACGCAUCUUUGCGUUGCCUCUCCACUGCGGAUGGCUCGUGCAACAGCCCCGAGCUGGGAACCUUCUGGGACUUC